GUAGUGUUCGCAUGAGUGUAUGUGUGUGUGUGUGUGUGUGUGAGAGAGAGAGAGACGGGGGAUAGAGAGCAGCAGAACGUGGUUAGUGGGAGUAUAGGCAGACCACAACAACAGACGGGACUGAUUUUUCACCUUUGGCUUUCCUGCACUUUCCCUCCUUCAUCCUGCACCAGACUCCUGGCUCAGAGAUGGCUGCCAGCGCUGCAGCUACAUGUCUCCUGCCUCCUGUGAAGAGCGUGGUGGUGUAUAGGAAUGGUGACCCGUUCUACACCGGAAGGAGGUUCGUGGUCAACCAGCGUCAGGUGGCCACCAUGGAGGCCUUUCUCAACGAGGUGACCCAGAGCAUCGGAGCUCCUCUCGCCGUCAGGAGCCUGUACACACCCAGGCAGGGCCACAAGGUCACGGACCUCCACGAUCUCAGGACAGGAGCUCAAUACGUCGCCGCCGGCUUCGAGAGGUUCAAGAAACUUGACUACCUGAAUGCAGGGACAAAGAAGCAGCCUGCCACCCGCGAAGAAAACCAGGCUAAAGCUAUCCAGAGGCCAAAUGUGUCAGCCAAAUGGAGGAAGUUUAUACCUGUACCUUGCAUUAUACAUGUUUUCCGGAACGGAGAUCUCCUCUGUCCACCAUUCCGGUUCAUCAUUCCCCGGAGCAUGCAGCAGGACCUGGAGCAGAUCCUGAGUCUGAUCACAGAGAAGGUCAGCUUACGGACCGGAGCGGUGCGCAGGCUGUGCUCUUUGGAAGGAGUGACUGUGUCCUCAGCUGGGGAGCUGGAGACUGGCCACUGCUAUGUUGCCGUGGGAACCGAGAGGUUCAAGAAACUUCCAUAUGUGGAGCUGCUGGUUUCAAAAGCUGCAGAGAGAUAUUACCCUGGAAACAGGAGGCUGUUGAGGAGGGCUGAGAACAGGAAGGCAGGUAGCGGCCCAGAAGACCAGUACAGUGACUCAGCUCUGCUCGACUCCCCAGAGUCAGACGGUCGGAGGGUGAAGUCGACCGGAGAUGAAGCUGCAGCCCCGCAAGCCUCCAAGCAGAGGACCGGGAGAGAAGGAGCGGAGGAGGCCUCCGUGUUCUUCGCCAGGCCGGUGAAGAUCCGCAAGAACCGGAUGCAAACGAGAGUGCCACUAAGCAACGGAUCCGGUCAGCCCAGCGUAUUUAAAAGGGCGGCACGGAAAAAGAGAGAGGAGGUUCGAGGAGCAGAGGAGGUUCAGGAGGAUGAAAACACAGCUACAGAGCUUCCUGUUGAUCAGAGAGUUGCGGAAAUCGUGGAGGACGAGGAACAGAACAACACAGAGGAUCCUCUGCACGGCACCCAGCAGGGUCAAGCACAAAUUAUAAAAAGUGAGGAGCACAACGACAAAGAACACCCACACGAGUCCAACGGAAAGCAGGAGCCUGAGCUGGAGCCGACGUCUUCCAAGUCGAGGCCUACGUCGUCCGCCUCUCAGGGAAUCAACAGGGAAGAAAAGGUAAGUUUUACCAUGACAGUUUUUUUUUUAUUGACGUCGCCAUCACUGACGCUACUAAAGUCAUCUUUUCGAUAAUUUUUAUGCCCUUUUCAUUAUCUUGCCGUGACAGGAGAGCCCGCAGGACGCCCCAUCAGCUACAGCAGAACAGAACCAGCAUCAGGACAUCACAGCGUCGUAACGGCCGACAGGCGAGCGAGUACUGCUUCCACAACGCGGCUUAAUGAAUGUCUACUUCCUGCCGUUAUUUGAUAGUUAUUAGUGUAGAGAGACAGGACGUAUCGGAGUGUGAGAGAGGAGCGAACGGUCGAUUAAACUGCUAGUACUUUAAAUGUCGCAAAGAGCCGAGUAAAUCAAGCAUUCAUUCAUUUCUCUCCUUUUAGAAAAUGUCUGGCUCACAAAUAUAAAAUGAGACGGACACGGCUUCAUAAACUUCACUGUACAGUAGACCUUUGUUCCAUUAGUCUAUUCAAAAUCAAGAUGUUUCACUGCUCAUGGUUUAGGUUUUUAUUGGGAACAUCUGUGGGCGGUGCACACCUGAAACUCAUGUGACUCGACCAGACACUCAAAGCGUUUCGCACAGCUCUUUAUGAUAUCGUGAUCAUACUGUGUGUAAAUGUUCAAUGUGUUAUGUUACGGAAAAAGUUAGGCCUAGUUGUUUGUGAUGGACGAAGAGUGAUGUUGCCAACACUUUAUUAAUAUUAGCUAUGACGGUGGAAAAGUCUUCUACACAGUCUUGUAUCAAUUAAAUACUGUGACGAUAAAAACAUAUAUAUAUAUAU